UUCCCCUUGGGUAGUAUUAGGUGAUUUUAAUGCCAUAAGAAGCUCCAAUGAAGCUUCCAACCAACCUGUUAGCUCGCAAGGGAUGAUAGACUUUGAUAACUGGAUUGUUAGUAGGGAGUUAGAGGAGAGUGCCUUUGAAGGGCCUUGGUUCUCCUGGAAAAAUAAGCAGGAGGGGAACCCUAUUGUGAGGAGGAUUGACAGGGUCCUCAUGAACACUAGCUGGUUAGUUCAUUUCCACAGCUUUGCAGUAACUCUUCUCCCGCCAAGGCUGUCAGACCAUUGUGGUUUACUGGUAAAUACUGAUAGUCAGGCCACAUCUCUUCCCAAACCAUUUAAAUACUUCAACUGUUGGGAAACACACCCUCAGUACAAUCAGAUAAUCAGGGAAGCUUGGGGCAGAAGUUUUAAGGGUACUGCCAUGUUCAUAGUUUGUCAGAAACUGAGGGAGGUAAAGAGGCAAUUGAGGAAGUUAAACAGGUCUGCCUAUUCAGAAAUCUCAGAGAGGGUUAGGCUUAUUCGUUGUGAACUGGAGGACUUGCAGAUUGAGGCACUGCAGCAGCCUUCCCCAGAGUCUUUUCAAGGAGUUAAUGAGUGUCAACUGAGGCUUAAUGAGCUCCUUAAAGAGGAAGAGACUAUCUACAGGCAAAAAUCACGUCUACUUUGGGUAAAAACAGGUGAUAUGAACACUUCAUAUUUUCAUAACUAUGUCAAAGCUCGCCAAGCCAGAUCCACUAUCAAACAAAUCAUCUCAGAAGAAGGUACUACACUCACUGAUACCAGGGAGAUGAGUGAGGAAGCUGUCAGAUUUUACCAAAAGCUCUUAGGGACCAAAAAUGCUGAUGUACAGAGAGUGAGCAGUGCAUUACUAUCUCAACUUCUAGCCCACUCUCUCACCCCUGCACAGGCUGCUCCUCUCUGCUCUCAAGUUUCUCGAGAGGAAGUCAGAGCAGCUCUUUUCUCUAUGAAUGGAGAUAAAUCUCCAGGUCCUGAUGGCUUCACAGCCGGGUUUUUUCAACACAACUGGGGGAUAUUGGGUAAGGACCUCACAGAUGCUGUUCUGGAUUUCUUCAGGACAGGGAAACUCCUUGCUGAGGUAAACUCCACUUAUCUGGCACUUAUCCCUAAAGUUCAGAAUGCAGAUUGUAUGAAACAAUUCAGGCCUAUAUCUUGUUGCAACAUUUUAUACAAAUGCAUUGCUAAGGUCCUUGCUAACAGAUUGCGAGAAGUGCUCCCUAUAGUAAUUAGCCAGAACCAAUCUGCUUUUAUUAAGGGAAGAUUAAUAAGUGACAAUGUACUUCUGGCUCACGAAAUGGUUAGGUUGUACAAUAGAAAGGCCAUUUCCCCUAGAUGUGCAUUAAAGGUAGAUGUGAUGAAGGCCUUUGAUAGUGUAGAUUGGGGUUACUUAAGAACAGUAAUGCAGGCAAUGAAGAUAGCAGAUCAGUUUAUUAAAUGGAUUGAUAUAUGCCUGCAAAGUACAAAGUUGAGUGUGUGUUUCAAUGGUGGUCUUUGUGGGAAUUUUGCUGCUCAGAAAGGGUUGAGGCAGGGGGAUCCCCUGUCCCCCUACAUGUUUGUCAUUGCAAUGGAGGUCCUAUCUUGCAUGUUCAACAGGGCCUAUGCUAUCAAAACUCUCCCUCCCCACCCUCAAACUCAUAGAAUUAGUCUUUCCCAUCUUUGUUUUGCUGAUGACCUACUGGUCUUCACAAAGGGAACACCAGAGGCUGUUGGGCAAGCAAAAGCCAUUUUAGAUACCUUCUACACUGUAUCUGGACUGAAGUGUAACCCUGCCAAAAGUGAGGUAUUCUGUGGGGGGGUGAGCCCUAGUGUCCAGACUCUGAUUUCUUCCAGAACUGGGUUUGCCAUUGGGCAUCUUCCUGUGAGAUAUCUAGGGAUCCCUCUCAUUGCAGGGAAGCUGAAUAAGGUGGAUUGUCAGGCUCUAGUUGAUAAGAUAACCACUAGAAUAAGGGGCUGGAAGGUAAGAACUUUGUCAUAUGCUGGAAAAUUACAGCUCAUAUCUGCUGUUAUAUCUAGCAUCACCCAAUACUGGAUGGGGAUUAUCCAGCUUCCAGCCAAAGUGAUCAAAAUGGUAGAAAUGGCCUGCUCUGACUUCCUGUGGAGUUCUGAGGAGGAGGGAAAAAGAGCAAAAGUUAUCUGGUCAAUGGUGGCCAGACCAAAAAAAGAGGGGGGUUUAGGUUUUAAAGAUCUCAGGAGUUGGAAUAUGGCAUGUUUGGUCAGACAUCUAUGGGCCAUCUCUUCAAAUUCCUCUUCUCUAUGGGCUAACUGGGUCAGGCACUAUCAAACUUCUUAUACUUCAAUCUGGGAAAUCCCUGAUACUAUCCCCUGCUCGUGGGCUUGGAGGAAGGUUCUGAAGAUCAGAACUAGAGUGGCACAGCAUCUCAUUGUCAGGUCUGGAAGAGUCUUCUGGAAGGAUCAUGAAAUGGUUAAAUUUUCAGUAAAGAAGGUUUGGGAGACACUUCGUGUGCAACAUGAUCUUGUUCCAUGGUAUGCUUUAAUCUGGAAGUCACUGGGGGCUCCUAGGGACAAACUGAUAGUCUGGCUGAUUGCUUUGAACAGAAUAUCUACAUUAGAUAAAGUUGCGAGGUGGAAUAGCUUAGUGACCAACAUUUGCCCAUUAUGCACCAACAUGGCAGAAUCAAGGGAUCAUCUUUUCUUUGAGUGUUCCUACUCUCAAACUGUUUUGAAGGCUGUGCUUGCAGGGCAAAAUCUGGUUAGGGUAAGCUGGGAGGAAUCUUUGGAAGCUGCUGUGUCUCUCUUUCGGAUGCAGGGUCCCUCAUCUGAUCGUGGUAAGCUUAUCUGGGUGAUGGUAGUGGCUGAACUCUGGCGUGAAAGGUGUAGAAGGGCUAUGGCUGGGGAGGUGCUGUCAGAAAACCAGCUCCUGGUGAAGUUGCAGAGAUCGCUGCGUCUGCUCAGGGGAGGGUUUCCUCAAAUUGAAAUUGUAGUCCCAGAGGAUUUUGUAAAUAGCAUAGUAUAGCAGUUUGUAGUUUGAUAGUCUGAUUGUUUUGUUUGGUUGUUUGUCCAUUCUGUAAGAACUGGUCUUCUCUGUAAAUGGUUCUUGGGUUCCAGUUAGAGGGGUUCACUAUGAACUCCCUCUUUCUUGAUGAAUAAAAGAAGCUUAUUCAU